AAAGUGAGCAUACUGUAUGUUCUUUGUAGCUUAUUGACAAAUAUGAAAAACAUGAAGAGAAGGUACUGGCAGGCGGCAAGAAGAAGAGAAUUACAAAUUGGAGAAAAGUUGUCUAGCUGGCCUCAGACCUGGUUAGACAUAGGGUUAGCAACACAAUCUUAAAACUAUCUCUGUACAUGAUCAUGUAUAAUGGCUAACUUUUUUAUAAAGACAAUAUGUUCCAUGCUUACUAUUUUCUCAAAAAUUGACACCAUAAUAGAAUUAUUAGGACUAUAUUUCAGAAACUAACAACGUAAUUUGCUUGAUCUGGGUUUGGAAAAAAAAAAUACACUAAUAGAAGCCCAGCAAACAUUGUCUCCCAUCUUUUUCCUUAAUAUAAGUUAUGCUUAGUAUAAGUUAUGCUUACAAGCCCAGGCAAAACUCUCCAGGAGCAGAGGAGCAGUUCACCCCUCAUCAGGACAUGUAUGGGACAAACCCAGCCCAGCCUCACAGGAACAAAGGACACUGGUCUACGAAGGGAUAAAGGAUCUGUUGGACUCUUGAGUGAGUCACCCCCCCUUCCCUUGGUCAGUUUAGGACUAUGAGGUAAUGCUCACCUGAGUCUGAAGAGGGGGGUGGGGGCAAAGUCAAGGGGGAAGAAAGAACAUGAUAAAAGGGAGAGACAUUUGCCAUGCUCUCUCUCUUCCACCUCCAUCUACAGCCAUCAAAACACAGUAACUGAAGCGCUGAUCAAAGUGGAGAGCCUGGCUGAAGGGAAACCAGCCAGCCUGUGGUGAGAAGCAUCUAAGUUUGUAAGGGCACUGAAAGUGCUACGAUCAGGUUAGCAUUUUGCUUUUAUUUCAUUUGACCAAAUCUGACUUCUUGUGCUUUGACUUAUAAUCACUUAAAAUCUAUCUUUUGUAGUUAAUAAAUUUGUUUAUUCUACCUGAAGCAGCGUGUUUGGUUUGAAGUGUGUCAGAUGCUCCUCUUGGGAUAACAAGCCUGGUACAGAUCCAUUUCUUUGUUAAACUGAUGAACUCAUAUAAGCUUGGAGCAUCCAGCAGGCAUAACUGGACACUGCAAGAUGGAGGUUCUUAGGGUUGUGUCUGGGACCGGAGAUAGUGGCUAGUGUCAUUCAGUUGCAUAAUCCAAGCAGCGGCUGGCCAAAAGUGCUCACAUAGCUGGGAGCAGCUUACAUGCUAGAGGCUAUGUGUGAAGAGCCCAGGAGUGGGGGUUCUCACAGCAGAGCAGGGUAAGGCUGGCUCCCAGAGUUGAGGAUUGAAGUGACCCAGCAGAUCACUGGUCCAGAUAACACCAGGGAAUGUCACACCUACCCAUCUCCCACGAGGAAUGGGACCCAGUGGGGAAGGAUUCUGAGGCAUAACUCUUGAGAUGGCUCCAGGCCCUAAGGAAAGCUAGCCACAAAAAGUCUCACCAAAGUCAAAGUACAGCUUCUAUACUCCCAAAGCGUGCAAAAAUGGUUUAUAUAUAAAAAGGCUAAAAAAGGAAAGAAAAGGCACACAAAAAUCCAGGAGAGAUGACUUCUCUUCCUUCUCCUCCUCUCUCUCUCCUACUAAAGAAGGUGAGCUGUCUGGCUCUGAAACCUGAGCAGGUUCCUGAGAGUAAGCCCCAAAGUAAAUUUCUCCCCUCAAAAUCCUCCUGAAGCUGCAAUACCCUUCACUCCUUUGAGUAAGUAAUUAUGGAUGAAUGGAACAAGCCUGAUAAGAACAAAAAUAUUAAGAGAGACCUCGGGAUCUAUAACAUUCAAGAACCAAAGGGCUCUUGAUGCCACUGUAGCAUCCUUUGCCAGGGAUAUGGUUAUUCCCUUCAAAGGGGAGUUCUAUAAAUAUUUCUGUUCUUUAUUUGGGGAUAAAUCAGAUGAUAUAGUCUCUUCAUAUGGAGAUAACUCUCUUUCCAUUCCACUAUUAUUUCAGGAGGAUGUUUAAUGGAAGAUACUGAAAUGAGACAUUUUUAAAUCAGCAAGCCCAGAUAACUUGCAUCCAAGCUGUUUUUAAAGAGCUGGCUGAGAAGUUUACUGGAUCGUUGUUAAUUUUCAGUAAGUCUUGGAGCACCAGAUAUGUUGGCAGACCACCCUCCAUUCCCUUUUUUUUUUUUUUUUUUUUUUUUAAAACUGUUGUGAUUACCAGGAGUGCUAAUAAGCAUGGAGAUCAAGUUAGAUGUUUUAGUCUCUACGUGUAUCAAACAUAGGAAACCUUGGCCUCGAAUCUCUUGGCUGGGACAGGAAAAAGAAGCUGUUUUUCUUUUAGAUGAUAAAUGUAUAAGUGAAAUUAACCUGUUAUCAGGAAAGACAAAGAAGAAAAUUCCUCAGCUUCAAUCAUUGUUGAAAAAUGUUGUCGUCUUAGCAACAUCAAGAAAUGGUGCUUGGUUGGCAGGAAUAGUUAUAACAGGAGAACUAUUUAUUUGGAAUAAAGACCAGGACUAUCUGAAAAUUGUACCAGGAAUUGAAGAAUCUAAUAAGGUGGUUACAGCAGCACAAGAGUGCGCCAUGAGAUUGUAUCUGUAUGUCUCAGGAGAUGGUAACAAGGUGCUACUCAUUACUCCUACUGCAUGUAUCUUUCUGUGGGAGAGCACAGAAUGCAAAAAUAUAUCCUCUCCUAAAAAUCCUUCACCGGCUGGGCGUUGGUCACAAAUUGUUCCUGAGGAAUCAGUUAUAUUGCCUUCCUCUGAAGAUAAAGAAACCGGAAUGAGUGCGGAUUUCAUCAAAAAUGAGAUACUAGGUGACUGUUGCUUGUGCUCUUUCGUGUUUUAUUCUGGAGAAUGCUUGAUGCUGACAUUUUUGGCCCUGCGGUGGCAUGAAAACAGCUUCAAAUACAUUAGUUCUUUACCUUAUCAUAUCCACUGGGCACAGCAAGCAUGUUCCCUGCUCACUCUGGUUCCGGUGUGUGUGUCAGUAAAGUCGAGAGGAGCUUUGCUUACUGCAUUUUCAAGGGAUGGACUUUUACUGGCAGUAGCCGUUAAUCAAAAUGAUCCAAAGGCAACUCAGAUUUUGUUUAUAAAUACAUUGAAUUUUGUUACAGUUUCUGGUAGCCUUAAAGGUUGUAGUAGCAAGAAUCAUAUGGUUCCAUCCAAAUUUGUCAGGUCAUACUGGGUAGGUGACAUGAGCUGGACUCCUGAUAGUCUCUUUCUGGCUUGCAUGUUAAAACGUGGCUCCUUGAUAUUAUUGACUUGUAUGGGUGAAUUGCUGACCUUGGUUACUUCUGGUUGCUCUAUAGAAUUUGGACCAGCAGAGUUUAUUCCCUUUCAUCCACUAAUAACAUACAGACCGCAACAGUCUGUCUCUCAAGAUUCUAGUCAUUCUCUUGGUUCAUCUGCCUCUGAAAGUGAUCUAAUGAGACAGAGAUUUUCUGUAACAUCACACUCAAGAUUACCCUACCUUAUUGUCUCUGAUGGGUAUAUGGUUACAGUGCUUAAGUUUUCUGAUAAUCUUUUACCAUCUGGAGUUAUGAGAUCACUUCUACUUGAUUCAGCCCAGAGGCUUGAAAAGAUACAUCAGAGUCUGAUGACACCUAAGUCUAAAGGGAAAAGGCUGCAGUUGCGAUCCUUGGCUUCUUUAAAAGCUAGCCUAUUGAAACAACAUCGAAACCAAAAUUCUACCCUUUCUACCAUUCCAAAAUUCCUCCAAGAAGAAGAAACAGCAGAACUGAGGAAGAAAGCAGCAGAUUUACAGGAUUAUGAAGACGAAUCUGAUGAUGACAAGCAAUUUCAAAAUAACUCUUCUACUUUCUGCAGCCAGGGACCAAAUUCAUUUUUCAGUAGAGCUGAUCAAGGCCGGUUGGAAUUUGCAUCAAUGUUUGACACUGUUCAUGCAAAAGAUGAUACUGAUUCAAAAGAUGAUCUAUCUAUGGAACUAAAUUCAAUUCAGAAAAACCUUCUUGCAGCCUGGGGGAUAGGGAUUUCAAAAAAUGUGCAAGAAAAAGAUAUGCUGUUGAAUUACACAGUAGGUUGCAUUACCCACCUUUUCAACAUUCUCCAGUUCAUUAAAAGCCCUUUACUAACCCAUGAUGCAUUUUUAAGCAAGUCUGAAAAAUAUAAGCUAUGGAUGCAUGCUAUCUUAAAACAUUUUCAGCAGUGUUUAACUGUCCUGUACUGGGAUGUGAGAGACAGACAGACAGUUGGGCAUUUGGUAAAGCUGACAUCAUGGACUGUAAAACUGAUGCUUAUUCAGCACCAAGAUCAGUUGUUCUCAGAACACCUUUUGGGGUGCUUCUGUUUGCUAAAGAUGGUUGCACGUAGUCUAAAUGGGAAGUUCACACCUUGUUAUGAAAUAAUGUCUGCAUCCUCUGAUGUUAACAGUGCUAUAGAGCUUGACUCCCUGAUUGUGCCUAUUUUUCAAGUUCUUGAUGGGAGCAGUGCUCAGAAAUUUCCCUCACUGAAUUCUCUGCUUAAGAUACCUCCUCAGGCAGUAAAACUUGGUGGAAAGCCAGACAACAGGUUGAUGAUAUUGUGGCAGUUAUUAUAUAAACAAGUGCUUUGGUAUCAGACUCAACUAAACAGAAAAAUAUCUAAGGAUGGCAAGUCAUUAACUGAAAUGAAGAUUAAACAUGAAGAAUCCAUUGUUGCACAACUUCUAGGUCAUAUACAGGCAGUCCUGCAGUCUUCAGGAGAGACCUUGGAACAAACCUGGAAGCUCAAUUCUGUGAUUGGUGAGGAGCAGUUUCUUUUAGGCUCAUACGAAGAAUCUGUGGAUCUGUGGAAGAGGGCUCUUCAAGAAACCAAAGCAAAAGGAGAAAAGAGGACACCGUUUCUUCAAACUAGGUAUUAUCUUGCUAUAUUAUAUUGCCACCUAUAUCACUACAACUUAACUGAGGCUCAGGGGCUGAGCGACCAUCUUGUGAGAGAGAUACUAAGACGAUCUCAGCUGUCUGUAAGACAUAUAGAAGAUUUUUCUGAUGCUGAACAUUCUCAAUAUGAAUUGUGGAUGAUAAGAGAUGUUCAUCCUGAAGCUGCAAUGGCAGUAAUACAGUCCAUGGCACGAUUCAUGGCUGCCUACUUCUCUAAUCAUCUGCUUUAUAUACUUCCCCCACAUAAAGUCGACAUUCUGCCUCCGCUUCACAUCAACCAAGACCGGUUCCCUCGAGUUGUUCCACUCCAGCACUCUUUGGUCACCAGUGCUGUUAGAGACCAGAACCUUUCUUCUGUAUGGACAGCUGAAUAUGCUCUUGACUUGCUCUUUGUGGGUGGACUGAUUCCAGAGACUGUGUGGCUAGCACACAAACUUGGAGACUGGAAAAUGUCUGUUUCAAUAGGUGUGGCCUAUAAUCUGUACUGUCAAAGUGAUGGUGACUUCUUAAGGUCAGAGAAAAUGGAUUUACAUCUGCCUUUGAACUUGACUCCAACACAAAUUUUUCAGGAAAAACUACAGUCUUUCUUGGGACAGCCAGUCAGUUUUGAAACAUCAAAUGAAGGAACUAAAUAUAAACAAUUUACAGAUCCCAUUGAAGAGGAAGAUUCAAAUGUCCUGUUUGGUUCAGUGCAAGAAAUACUGAAAGCAGCUGUUAUGGCAGAUGCAGACAUUCUCUCAGAAACAUUUCAACUUUUGAUAGACUCUGCCAAGGACCUCACCAGAAAAUUGUGUGGUUUAGUUCCUGAUGGGCUAUAUCUUCCUGCACCACCAUUAUACUGUCCACAACCAGCUUCUCUCAGUGAAAAAGACUGCAAUGAUUCUCCUUUAAAAAUUGAGAGAGAUUAUCGUCAAAAGGUGUCUGGGGUCCUUCAGCGAAUUCUGCUGCUCUUCCGGGCUGCUCGUUGUUCCUGCCCCGUAGCACAGUGGUAUAUUGUACAACUGAAAUGGGCAAGAAAAGUAAUGCAAAAGAUUCGAAUGAAAGGCACUCUUCCUUCUUUAAGUUCAUUUCCUGAAAGUUUGCUUCAUUAUUCAAAAUUUAGUACAGUAUUCUUUAGACCUGCAUCUUCUGGAGACCAUCGCUUUGAUGAUGUUUCUUGUAAAAUAAUAGGUUGCUUCAGAGAAUUAUGUGCAUUGUGUUGGAUGCUACAUGUUCGUGAAAGGUUGUCUGACAGUUGCAGACACUACCAAACUGCAAGAGAAAGUGUGGGUAAUCAAAAGGGUUGCAAGAAGGCCGAGUAUGAUGCCUGUAUAGUUGAGCAUUGUCUCAGUGCAGUGGAAUGGGCUUGUCGAAUGCUCCCUUUUGCUAGGUUUAUGAAUGUUGAAGAACUUGUUCAAGAUAUAAUUCUGAGUCUUGUUGGAGAAUUACCACCAAUCAGAAAGGUGGCAGAAAUUUUGGUGAAAGCAUUUCCUAAUUCUGAAGGUGUAAGAGUUCCACUAAGGGAUAAAUAUCAUGCUCUUCAGCAGCGACUUAGACACUGUAUUGUCAGAGGAUCCAAAAGUGAAGAAAUGAUGUCUGUUGUUAUCCAAGCCACCCACAAAGUGAGGCUGAAAGCGCUGAAACGUGUAAUAAGGAACAUAGGUCCCAUUGAAAUGAGUAUCUGGGAGCCAUCGGAAGAGGAAACACCGGAUGAUGAGGCACAUUGCUAUGAUAGAUUCUCAUUAGGGACCAGUCUAAGCAGAAGUACACUCUCAGAUUGUGGAAAUCCUCAAGUAUAUAGUGAUGCUGAAACAGCGGAUACACUCUCUGAAGCUUUGCUUACAGAAGAAACAAGAAAUCAAGCACCUUCACCUCAGAGGGACACACGGCCUCACACAGAAGAACAAACUGGUAGAAAGAAAACUGCAUAUAAGAUAAAAUAUCUUAAUUGGAAAGCAAAACAUAAAGAAUACAGUAAAAUUUUGUCUAAUCAACAUACUUUGCCUGUGGUAGGUGCAUGGGAAUUUGAACGUGAUGAUGAUGAAUAUGUUAAGUUCUUAGAUCUCUUUUUGAGUUACACACUUGAGAGAGACUUUAAUUGCAGUGAUCCUGGGAUUCCUUUUCUGACCAGCUUUUCUGAACUCCUUAGAGAACAUGAACUACACUCUCUCCUUUUUGAUGUUCAUACAACCCUGAAACGUCGACAGGGCAAAACUAAUAGCGAGAAUGUGUUUAGAGCUGGUUGCUGCUAUACUGUUACUCUUGCAUCUUGUGAUUUCAAACCAGCUUCCUUGUGUAAUGAAAAGGAAAAACAUUUGGAAAACCGAAUGUCUGUUUCAGUUCUACAACCAGCAGACUCCUCAAUGUGUGACUCAGUGAAUGGACUAAGGAAAUACAUGGGAAAGAAAGGUUUAUUUGGUCUAAACCACCUGUCAGUUUACAGAGCACAAGAUAAAAAGCAAGAAAUAACUAUUACACCCAUAACUCAGACCUUGUCUGACAAUGCUUGCUCUAAUAUACAAACUUCAGUGACCUGUAAAUAUGUAUACAAAACAAUUCAUAUGAAUGAUGUUAUACCAAGAGAGGAACUUGGUCUAGAACUGAAGAAUAAAUUCAGCAAUAUUGCAAGACUGCUUGAAUGGAUGAUCAGAUGGUCUGAUAGGAGAUUGCUAUGUGAUACCAACAAAAUAGAGUCAUUUCAAGAGAGCUGCCCAAUGAUGCAUGUGAAAACAUCAGCAGCUGCUAUACUUACAUCAUUAUGGCUUUUAGGACGACCCUAUUGUGAUGAAUCGCAAGCUAGGAUCACUAAUUUUAAGAGUCCAGAUUAUCAGUACCUAAUGAACUCUGCAUCCCUACCAGAAACUAGACCCAAGAUACAGAAAGAAUGCAGUAUGGAUACAGGCUGUUCUCCAGCAACAGAAAUGCCACAUGCUGCCCAGGAUGUAAAUGCUUACAAUGAACUUCGUGAAAAUGCUUUAGGAAUAUCUACAAAAACAAAACAUUCUGAAAAGAAUGAAAUGAAUGAGAGUCAUUCUGUAACUCAUAGUACAGAAGAAGGAGUAAUAGGUUUUGUUGAAGAAGUGGGAGCAUUCCUGCAGGAGGACGUAGAUGCAACUUCAGAAAAUGAAGAGCUCUUUGAAGAACCAUUUGGAGUUCCAAAAAGUCCCAGUAUUUCUGUCAGCGUUAAACCUGUACAACAACAAAAAGAGGAGCAUAUCUCCGCUCUAGAUGUAGAAUCUCCAUGGGAAGAACACAUGAUGGAAAAGUUAGAAGGAGAAAAAGCCAAACAAAAUGGUAUGACUGAGGCUGUUUCCAGCACCAUUCCUCAUUCAUUCUGUUUAGAAAUGAAUGCAGAUGCUCCUAGUAACACAGAGAUUUUUGUGUGUGAUGAUCAACCUCCUUUCACUGGUAUAUCAAGUGUUCCCUGUAAUGGUCCGGUGUGUUCAAAGAAGCAAGUGGUCCAGGAAGGAGAGCAGAUAUCAGAGCCAUUGAACAUUUCAGAAACUGUCAGACAGAUGCUCCAAGAUGAAAUGUUUAAAUUAGUUCAGCUGCAGCAAAUCAACUUUCUGAACUUAAUGCAAAUAGUGGGGUCAUCCUUUGCCAGCCUGCCAAAUAUGCAGCAUCUUCUGCAGCAGUCUCAGUCUAUUCAGUUGGGAGGAAGCCAGGCUUUUCACACUGUAAGAGACAGUCUUGCUGACACAUCCCUUCCUAUACAGUGUGCAGACAUUUCUCCGGAGACUCAGCUGCCCACUAAAGAAAAUGCUGGAAAGUCUAAUAAAAAGAGCAGCUCUCAUUCUCAGGAAAGAAAUAUCCUAAAUGAUCAAAGCAGCAAAGAAAGUAUACAUAAUUAUCCAGAUGUGAAUAUUUCUUUAAGCCUAUCAGAGAGCCAGUCCAAUGGAACAGGAUUUAUUCCAGCAUCUCAAGACUUACUUCCUUCCGCUCCAGCCAAACCACUUCAUCUGUUAUCGAGUUCCCUAGAUAUCCAGAAGACACCCAAACUUAUCCCAGUUGCAAAAACCUUAAAUUAUGAAAAUGGCUUUCCUUUGCUUAAACUUGAAUCUGAUAAUUUAAAACCACUCAAUUUUUAUCCAUUAAAAGUUUCACAGGCUUUCAUCGGGUCACUCCCCCAACCAAGAGUAGUUUGGGAUCCAUCUAAUUAUUUACAGAACCCUCCACUGUCAUGUAUGCUAGGAGACAAGACUAUUUCAACGACACACUUGAAUCUGAAUAAAUAUGAUCCUGAAAUUAUAAGGCAAGUAUAUGAGGAAAAGAAGAGGUGGGCAGAAGCUGAAAGCAAGAGGCCUCCUAAACUACUUAAUUUGGAUCAGUAUGAAGGAGAGCAAAAUCUUGCACCUCUGCAGCACCUUCGUACAAAUGUGAGUGCAGAGAAGCCACUGAGUUCUCAGAAUGCUUCCUUCUAUGGAACUUACCAGCAUUCAACUGGAAUUCCUUUACUGCACCUGCAGCUUGACCCAGCACCUAGAUUUCCACCAAUUAUAAGACCACCAGUCCCUGCUUCUUUAAUACCUGUUAGACCUAUAACUGAGGAGACCAACUCCAGAGACACAUUACAGCACACAGGAAUAUCAAUUCUUCAUGCUAAUUUACCUCCAAAAAACAAGUUCCGACCACCAAAACUGAUCCCAAUUCAAAAUCUCAUUGCAUUUGAGCAAAGCCGCCUGUGUACCAGUGCACCACAUGACUUCAUUGGACAAGACCAUUCUGGUCAGAUUGAGUUGUUAAAAGCUAACACUGAGCCAUCUGAUGCAAGACACACGAAGAACAAUACAAAAAGGCAAAAGAGACGUGCUGCGAAACAGAUAAAAGAGAAGGAGGACAAGAAAAAAGCAAGUGUGACAUUCCGCCCAGAUGAUUCCAUUAUUAGUACUGAUGAUAUAGAGAAAGUUUUUGAAACUGAGAUACAGGAUCAGCAAGCAGAACCCAGCUGUUAUCUUGAAGAUGAUUUUGUCAUUUCACUUGACACAGUGGGAGAGGCUAUUACUACUACAGCAGGUCUACACUACAUGGCUUCCACAAGGAAAAAACCCGCAGAAACUCAAGAUGCAAGCACAAAUACAGAUCCAGAACAUCUGGCUUCAAGAGUUCCUCAGAUGUUGCCACCAGAUAUGUACUUAAACUUCAAGCUCCACACAGAAGUAGAGGAGAGACUUUUACCAUCCUCUGUGUCUGAUACUGCAUAUAAUUUGAUUGGACACAAAUAUAUCAACGUGAUUGACAUUGAAGACAGUGAUCUCUUAAAGGAUUUGCCUACUAUAGUCGAGUCUACAGAAGAGAUGGUUACCACACAACAAAAUGAGAACUUUGAAGUUCCAUCUUCUGCAAAGCUGCAUCACAUGGCAGCUUCUGUUACCAAUGCAAUUCCACCUAAUGCAUUUCAGGGAAAAGAUUACUAUCAAAAUGGUCUGUUCCCAGUGCAAGAAAGGGAUGUAAAAUCAGAUGCUGUUAGAGACAAUCUAACCUGGAACCGAUUGCAUGAGGAUGUCAGCAUCAUUCACUCUACAGGACUAUCAGCCAAAAUCAUUAGCAAAGAACACUUUUAUACAAAACUGCAGGAAAUGGAUAUACAACUGCAGGCAUUACAGAACAUAGCAGAAAAUAUGGAGAAGGAUUUCAGCAAUACUAAAUUGAUAGUAAAAACAAUAGAAGAUUUAGGAAUGGCUGCCAGUCCAAACUUGGGUGCAGAUUCCUUGUUCUCUGAAGGUGCGGGUGUUAUUGAUGAAGCGCGUUAUGUGAGCUCUGUGGACUUUGAAGAUCUUAUGGAUGAAGAAGAGGAGGGUUCAAGACCUGAAUAUUCUGUAACCCGUUAUACAGCCUUGCAAGCUCGCUCUCUUUCUCCUGCAACUUCAUCUGCUAACCUUCUGAGUCAUAUAAAGUCAUCAUCCGACAUUCAUAUAAAUGAAGAUUUAGGUGAUAGUUUCAUAGACAAUCCCCUGCAAAUUACUGGACUGAGUGGUAUUACUGAUGUUAUUCAUGAUCUUGUAACAGAGGGUGGCAUUUCCACUUCAGAACUGGGCAUUACAAAAACACAGGCUAGAAAUAUCUCCAGAAUCCAUGAUACUGCAGCUGGACAGUCUCCAAAAACAGAAAGAGAGAGAAAAGAGAUACAAGCAUGGAUGAAAAGAAAAAGAAAGGAAAGACUGGCAGAAUAUCUUAAAAAACUGGAUGAACAAAGAGAGAGAGAAUAUAAUCCAUUUAAUUUGAGAAAUAAUACGCAAUUUGGUGUGUCUGCAAAGGAAAUCAAAUUGAGCCAGAAAAAGAAAGAUGAAAAAGAUAAAGCCCUGUUGUCUGAGCAUCAUAAUCUUAGAGUCUCACAAGCGCUUUCCCUAAUGAAUGAGAUGUUAUCCGAGACAGUGCAGCUUCCUGCAAGUGAACUCAGACCAUUGUCCAAAACAAUGAGAUCCCCUCGAGAUUUCAGAAAGCAGCACCCCACAUCUGCGAGAGGUCGUCCUGGUAGUCGAAGUCUAUCAGCAAGUCAAGCUGAAAGGAGAAAAACUGCUGCCAAAUCUGACUUUGGUCAAGCAAGAUCCCAUUCCACUCCACCUCAGGGUUUAGCUCAAUCUGGGGGAACUGCCACUGUGGUAUUACAGAAGAAUAUAUCCAAAGGGAGGAUUAGAAAUGCAAGACAUUAUCCUGUUAAUUCUAGGCACGUUGCCAUGCGGCCUGAAGACCAAACAUCCCAAGUCACUCUCAGAGGAAUGCUGACAGAUUUUAACUGGAGGAGAACAUGGUUGCAAGGCAAUGCAAGCCAGAGGCAGGUCUUGAGCAAAGGAAGACCUAAUUUGGCCAGACAAGCCUCUGAUGAUCAAACACUCAGCACAAGGAAUCUGAGAAGACCUACACCCUGUGCAGCUGCAAUUCAGAGAGAAGAGACAGGUCUUGAUUAUGAGUCCGAGCGAGAUUCAAUAAGUCCCUGGAGUGUCCCAGAUGAUAUCCAACGACUCCUUCAUGACAAUUACGAUUCCCUACUUGAGGUGUCUGUGCCUCAUGAAGAGGAUUGCUCUCCUCUUAGCAUUAAUGACAGUGUAUCUGAAAGCACAGGAAGUAUCUUGAGCAAACUGGAUUGGAAUGCUGUUGAAGCUAUGGUAGCGAAUAUGGAAGAAAAGUGAAAUUAAGAUAUCUUGACCUCUGCACUUUCAGAGCAGUUUAAUACAGUUAUUUAAUGCUUAAUAAUCAGGGGGAGUUCUAAAUAGUUAGCUUUCCAGGAAAUGUAUGGCCCUAUCAUUCCAUUGUAUUUUAAACAGAACCCUUCAUUGAAAUCAAUUUGCAGUUAUGCUUAAAACUCAAUAGUGGAUUAUGGCUCUUGUAGCAUGGAAAGUGUUUGAUUCUCUUUGAAAUAGGUUUCUCAGUUUCCUGGUUGAAGACCAUAUACUUUGGUGGUAAUGUGCAGUCUCUCUUCUUGUGCUCAGGACAGACCCUUGGAAUUACAUUACACUAACUGAGUGGAUAAGGGAAUUUGUGUGCCAAUAUUGAUUUUAUUUCUCAAAAUAAGUGAGAGGCAAUUUAAAGAGUUUUAAUGAUCAAGUUUUCUCCUUUAAUAUCAACUCAGUGAAAAGUUUUAUAUUUUUAGAGCAAUGCAGUUAAUUUUUUUAGUGUUACUGGUUAAUAUACUUAAUCGUUAUGAUAUUUUGAUUUGGUUUUAAUAAAAUCUUGGUUUGUCUCUA